AUGAUCGAUCUCGUCAUCACGCUGAAGGACGUGCGCGUGAGCGUUCCGGUUGCCAUCCGGCGGGGCGAUAAUGCAAAUUUGAUCUGCCAUUACGACAUGGAGGGCGCCGAGCUGUACUCCGUCAAGUGGUACAAGGGCAAGCGGGAGUUUUUCCGCUACACACCCAAGGAAAUUCCCGCCCUCAAAUCGUUCGCCGUCGCCGGCCUCACGGUGGAGCGCCCUCUAUCGAACGGAAGCCACAUCACGCUGGUCGGCGUCGAAUCGGGCGCUUCCGGGAAGUACAGCUGCGAGGUGUCGGCCGACCUGCCCUCGUUCGACACGAUGAUCGUUUCCAGCGAGAUGGAGGUGGUCGACACUCCUUCGACGAAGCCACUAAUUACCGGCAUCAAACCGUUCUACCGGAUAGGUGAUGUGGUGGCCGGCAACUGCACGUCCUACAACUCGAAGCCAGCCGCCAACCUGACCUGGCUGCUGGAUGACAAAAAGGUGAAUGCAUCGUACACCGUGCAGUACCCGGUCUACAGGGACCCUCGCAGUGGCCUCGACACGUCGACGUUAGGAAUAUUUUAUCACCUUUCGCACUACUUCAUGGGUCGCAGCAAGCUUAAGUUCAGCUGCGUGGCGAAAAUUCACGACGUGUACGAGCAGCGUGUCGAUCGGUGGGCGGAAGAUGAACGGCCAAAGUUGAUGAUGGCCUCGGCCGCUCCGGUGGGCCCGAAUCCCGUCAACUACGUCCACACGAGCUACGACCAGUCGUCGGCGUCUUCCUAUCACCAUCACGACGGCAGUGACUUUGACAAUCAGAACAGCGACGCCUACAUGACGCACAUACAAGGAGACAUGUCCUCUACGGCAUCCAGCCUGGGUCGGCGCACGGUACGGAUCCCGGGUCGUUCAGCCUGCCGGCCGCUGGCGGUCGCCCUGCAAAUAGUGUUUUCCGUGCUGUCGGCGGUUGCCUUCACGAGUUUCGUCUCCAGCAGUGGCCAGUUAGUGGAGGGCCACCGUCGCCUACCAUUGCCGUUCGACCUUUCGGUGGCCAUCUGA